GGUGGCAGUGGUGUUUUGAACAACUCCACGCGUGAUAAAUAUAUAUCACUGACAAAUUCUUCAGCACCCCGGGUGGCCUUAUAUAACCAAACCCCAAUAAUGUCAAUAAGUGGUCCACAAAGUUAUCUUUGUAUAAUAAGCCCUUCUACAACCCAUAUGUAAUUCUCUUAGACCAAACACUCGGUGCACAUUGUGAUGAUGGCUCAACCAAGCCAUGAUGCACAUGUAAUCGGCCCUCAAUUCGUUGUGCCAUAUCAAAUUAAUGUUGUAGUAAACAGAUGUCCUACUGGAUAUCUUGAGAUCACAGACAUCCAGAACAAUAUCAUGUUCACAAUAAGAUCGUGUAACACACCUCUCCAUUGUCAGCGGUUGAUGCGCGAUGGGCGUGGAACACCAAUUGCUAUGCUUCGGGCAAAGAACCGGACUGCCCAUGAUCGAUGGAACAUAUUUAGGGGUCAAAGUAACGUUGAUUCAGAUAUGAUAUUUACCGCUGCCAAAAAUAACAUGAUCCAGAAUCAAACCUAUGUAAACGUGUUCUUGGGGAAUAAAACGAGUCACAAUGUUUCUUGUGAUUUCCAUAUCGAAGGGAGCUGGUCGAAAAGAAACUGCGCUUUUUUUAGCGGAAAUACUUCAACAAUCAUAGCCCAAAUGCGUCUAGCGCAACCACCGGAGAGAUUUAUGGUGACAAUUAGUCCUAAUGUGGAUUAUGCAUUUGUGGUUGCACUUAUUGGCACUAUUGAUGCUAUGAAAAGUUCUGGUUCAAUCAAAGCUGCUGCCCAUGUUGCUGUCGGAAUUGCUACUGGUGCGGUUCGAUACAUUAGUGGAGUUGGGCCUCCCUAGGUGUAUUGUAACAUACUUGAUCCUUAUGUAAAUUAAAUUCACAAUGUACAUCAACCCGUACUUUGCUGCAAGUGGUCUCAUGACUAGCAAAGCUAUAGAUUGUAGAUUCUCGUUCGACGACACAACAUGAUUUCAUUUAAACAAAUACACAUGUAACUGAAAGAAAUAUGAAAGCCAUAUGCUACAUAACGAUUUUCAGAAAACAUCUUUGUAAAAUACACCAAUGACUUUCAGUAGUAGUGAAGUGAUAUAGGUACAAA